CCUCGCCAUGUCGCUGCACGGCAAGCGGAAGGAGAUCUACAAGUACGAGGCGCCCUGGACCGUGUACGCCAUGAACUGGAGCGUGCGGCCGGACAAGCGGUUCCGCCUGGCGCUCGGCAGCUUCGUGGAGGAGUACAACAACAAGGUGCAACUUGUUGGUUUGGAUGAAGAGAGCUCAGAGUUCAUUUGCAGGAACACUUUUGAUCACCCGUAUCCUACCACAAAGCUUAUGUGGAUCCCAGACACCAAGGGAGUAUAUCCAGACCUGUUGGCAACCAGCGGUGACUACCUGCGUGUGUGGAGAGUUGGUGAAACAGAGACCCGGCUGGAGUGUUUGCUGAACAACAACAAGAACUCUGACUUCUGUGCUCCGUUAACAUCAUUUGAUUGGAAUGAAGUGGAUCCUUACCUUCUAGGUACCUCUAGCAUUGAUACAACCUGCACUAUUUGGGGUCUGGAAACGGGACAGGUUCUGGGAAGAGUCAAUCUGGUCUCUGGCCAUGUUAAGACACAACUUAUUGCACAUGACAAAGAGGUGUACGACAUAGCGUUUAGCCGYGCGGGCGGUGGGAGAGACAUGUUCGCCUCGGUUGGUGCCGACGGCUCUGUGAGGAUGUUUGAUCUCCGUCACCUGGAACACAGCACCAUCAUUUACGAGGACCCCCAGCACCACCCGCUGCUGCGUCUCUGCUGGAACAAGCAGGAUCCCAACUAUCUUGCCACCAUGGCCAUGGAUGGCAUGGAGGUUGUGAUUCUAGACGUUAGAGUUCCCUGCACGCCCGUUGCCAGGUUAAACAACCACAGAGCGUGUGUAAAUGGAAUUGCUUGGGCACCUCAUUCUUCCUGCCAUAUUUGUACAGCAGCGGACGACCAUCAGGCUCUCAUCUGGGAUAUCCAGCAAAUGCCUCGGGCCAUUGAGGACCCUAUCUUGGCCUAUACAGCAGAGGGAGAAAUCAACAAUGUACAGUGGGCAUCGACUCAGCCAGACUGGAUAGCUAUCUGCUACAACAACUGCCUGGAGAUUUUGAGAGUCUAACAGUACUGCUUCAUGCCACGUUGAGGCAGGGCUGUAUAAUUUCCCCUCCCCUCUAAAGUAAGAACAACACAAGUCAAGUGGCCAGUAUCUGUUGUUGCUUUGCAUCUACUGUUCCAAGAAACUGUUACAAGGAUUAAUGGCAGGCGUUUCCUGUCGCUUCAAGACUCUAAAAUGCAGAGACAUGCUGAGCCUCUUGGACCUUCUGGGUUCUGGUUUUAUUUUUUUUUCCCUCAGUUAAAAAGUUCUGUAUAUUUGUUUGUUGACUGUGUUAAUAAGCUUGCAGGCUUUAAGUUGCUGCAUAUGUCCUGUGUUUGUCAGCCAGCUGAGGCAACACAUUCAACUAGUUUAAUAGCUAAGUGCAAAACAAGGUGGGAUAAAGACACUGUUGUGAACAGCCACCUUGGCAGGAAUCUUUAUUGUUCCUGUUGUUUCUGCCUCUAAACUGUUUAAACAUUUGUAUGUUUUUUAUAUAUUGGGCUAACUUUCUAUUGAGUAAGGCUUUUCUCCCUAAUUCUUACUUUUGAUAUGUGAUCCACUUCCACAUGCCCUAAGCAGGGUCUGUUCAUAGGUAGAAAUCACAGUAAUACUGUCRGCUCCCUGGCAGUAAAGGCCUGCCAGAAUGAACCAUUGCCUUGGCUCUCCUGGUUGCGUGGGUGGAAUCACCCAGGCAUGUGAAGUACAAGCACUUGUUGCACAGUUUCUUUAGGCUCUUCUGAUGCUACAGGCAAUUGUUAAGRUGGUAGGCCUUGUUUUUAAAUUAUAACUGAAUUUACUGUGUCUCUCCUGAAGUUGUGGUAGGUAACAGAGUGGUAAUAGGUUUCAGAAACAUGAUACUUGCAUGACUUGAGCUAUCUGUGAGGUAAAUGACUUCUGAAAAAGAAAAGGUGAUUUGUAAUGGACUUUGGAUUGACAUUUCCAAUCAAAUGAUUUCCCCUUAGAAGACUUACUAUCUCAACUAAAAUAAAACGGUUUCACACUUUG